ACAGAGCGACGUGUUGUGCUGGUGAGGAGCUGAGCUGCGACGGAGGAGCUUUCUCUGGUACCGCAACCACAGACCACAGCAGAAAUCUCCACUAAUUGAAUCGGUUUUGGGGCCUUCACGAUGGACAGCGUCGCAGUUUCACGACGAAACCAAACCAACAGGAAGGGAAACAAGGAGAACACCCAGCCUGCACAGGGACCCAAGUCCUUCAUCAGAAGAGACAAAACAUCUGCUGCUCCGUUCCAGCUGAAAAGCAAUGACAAAGAAGAGACUCUGGCAAAAAAGGAUCCUUGUAAAGAGAAGCCGAAACAGGCCGCUGGUGAGGCUCUGAAAAAGGUGAAGGUUGUGCAGAGAGAUGGUGUCAAACAAACCCACAGCCAGGCUUUGCUCACCGAACCGGCUGCGAAGCUCAAAAAAGUAGUUGCAGAAGCUCCAAAACCCACAGCUGCUGUCCAGUCGUCAAAAUCUGCUCCAGGCAUGUACAAAGGAAAGAUUAUCCAGUCAAAAAUUGGGUCUAUUUGGAAGGCAAGUGCAUCUGUAGGUGCAGCAGAUCCCAAACAAGAGGGUCAGAACGUGGCCAAACACAGGUCCAAAUCUGUUUCUGAGAUGCCUGGGCGUGGCUCACAAAAACCUGUGCCAACAAGAUCCAAGUCAGUUUCUGAAAGAUCUGCUCAGAUGUCCAAGCCGGCUCCUAACCGACCUGCUCAGAUGUCCAAGCCGAUUCCUAACCGACCUGCUCAGGUGUCCAAGCCCGCCACCAGCAGCCGCCGUCCUGCCGGGUUCUGCUCUGCUCGCCCUCCUACCAGAACCAUCCCAGCAACACUAACUGCUACCAGCUCCAGAAACACUACUGCGGCUUCCACUAAGCCAAGUGGGACUCAGAGCUCAAAGCCAAAGAUUCCAGUGACAAACAGGAAGGUCAGCAAGCCUCCUGUCUCGAGCACCCUCAGCCAGUACAGAUUCACCAUGGAGACGGCCGAGGAGAGGAAAGCGAAACUAGCGGAGUGGCUGGCUUCCAAGGGUAAGAGUUUGAAAAGACCAGCCCUGACAGCAGCAGGACCCUCAAAAGCCAAAACUUCUGCAAAACCCACAGCCGAUUUCAAACCCAAGCCUCAGAUUGAGCCUCAGCCUGCUGCACAGCGUGAACCCGAACAGAACCUGGAAGCACACGGCACCGGCUCUGCUGCCGCUCACUGUGAUGACGCCCGGAGAACGGAGCCGACGGUACACGGCCAGACUCCAAUCAUAAUGAACACCACCCUGGACCUGCUUGAAAACUCUGAUGCCGAUCUGCCUGUUGACCCACAGGACAGAGUGGAUGAUAUUGUUGUGAACCUGUGUGACGCCUUGGAGGCCAUGGCAACACCAUCCAGAUGCAGUGACGAAGUCCCACACAUGACGGAUGAGUGUGAUGGUGUUGAAAUGGAGAGCAGCAAACCAGUGGAGGAAAGUAAACAAGAGGAGCUGAAGAAUGAAACGCCUGAGGAUGUUGGUGAGCAGUCACAGGCUGAGCAAGUAAAGGACAAAGUAGAAGAAUGUGAUGAUCAGAAGGUGAAGACCGAGGAUGCUGAGGAAGAAGAAGAAAGUGAUGAUGACGUCAUGGAGACGACACCCCAGAGGGAGGAUGCAUCAAAGAUAAAGUACAGCGUGAAGACCACUCCAUACCUGCAGAGUGUCAAGAAAACAAUUGAAGAUGAGGCCAGCACAAGCACAUCCAAAAGAAAGAGCAACAUCAAAGAUCUGAAGUUCCUGACACCAGUGCGCAGAUCCUGCCGCAUUGAGCGCAAGUCGUCCCGCCUGCCGAGCAUGCUGGUCGACCACGACCCCUGUGUGUCGUCUCUGGCCGAACUGGUGAAGCUGGACGAUGACGCCAACGCCUACAUCUACAGAAAAAAUGAUGCACUUUUAGAGGAUCUGCCAGACGAACCCAGACUGUGAGGAAAGUGGUUUUAAAAAGAAAAGAAAAAAAAUCCUUCAGUAAUGUCUGAGACUAAAGCUAAUGGACACUUUAUACUGUUACUUGUAAGAUGGUUUCACUAAUCUAAACGCAUCUGCAAGAUGUUUGAUGUGUAAUUUUGUUUUAUUGUAUUGGGGGAGAACAUAGAGUUCAUGUUUGUUCUUUCUAUCUCUGAAUGUUUAACAGUUUCCUUUAACAACAACCAUCAUAACACUGACAUGUAUCACCACAUGUGCUAUAAUAAAAUAAUAUUACUUUAUUUUAAA